UCGUGUAAUGUUUUUUUUUUCCUUCAAGUGAAAAUAAAUAAAACCACGUCAUUUUCUGCUUCAGCCGUUUAGCGUUGGAUUGCGUGCCCCCUCCUAAUCUCAAUCUCAUAUUUCUUCUCUUAUCAAUAUUUUUCUCUUCCAUUUUCCCUCGAAACAAACAGAUUCAGAUUUGAUCACAUUCGUCACUGUAACCACACCUAACACAUCUUCUAUGGAUUCGUCGGCGCCUCAGCGACGUGCUAAUGCGAUUACCGGUCAUUUAAUUGCCGCCGGAGAUUCUUCCUCUCUUCUCCGGCUUAACGCUACCUCCGGCGAGUUUGUUUCCGGUACGUAUAUUUAUAACAAGGCUACAGUGUUGUUCUUCCAGAAAAAUUGCAGACAGGAAAGUGGAAUGUAUACAGCUCGUUCACCUUUGAAGCUUGUCAGUAGAUUUCAAGAUCAUCCAGAAAUUGGUACACUACAUGACAAUUUUGUGCACUCAGUUGAUACUUUCCGAGAUUACAAGUAUCUGGGAACACGGAUUCGGGUUGAUGGAACCAUUGGAGAGUACAAAUGGAUGACAUAUGGAGAAACCGGCACUGCUCGGUCAGCAACAGGUUCUGGCCUAGUAUAUCAUGGGAUUUCAAAGGGGUCAAGCAUUGGGUUGUACUUUAUCAACAGACCUGAGUGGCUUAUUGUUGAUCAUGCGUGUUCCGCAUAUUCUUACAUAUCAGUUCCUUUAUACGAUACUCUUGGGCCUGAUGCUGUGAAGUACAUAGUAAAUCAUGCCGCUGUUCAAGCUAUAUUUUGUGUGCCUCAAACAUUAAAUAGUAUAUUGAGCUUCUUGUCAGAUAUUCCAUCUGUGCGCCUAGUUGUGGUUGUUGGAGGAAUAGAUGAUCAAAUUCCAUCCCUCCCCUCAUCAACCGGGGUUCAGGUUAUAUCAUAUUCAAAGUUGCUUAGUCAGGGCCGCAGUAACCCUCAGCCUUUUUGCCCCCCAAAGCCUGAUGAUGUAGCAACCAUUUGCUACACUAGUGGCACAACUGGGACCCCAAAGGGAGCUGUAUUGACUCAUGAGAAUUUGAUUGCGAAUGUUGCCGGUGCAAGUAUUGCUGUCAAAUUUUACCCCUCAGAUGUUUAUAUUUCUUAUCUUCCUUUGGCACACAUCUAUGAGCGGGUUAACCAGAUUAUGACGGCAUAUUUUGGAGUUGCUGUUGGAUUCUAUCAGGGGGACAACAUGAAAUUAAUGGAUGAUAUGGCUGCUCUGCGACCUACUAUCUUUUGCAGUGUUCCUAGGCUGUAUAAUAGAAUUUAUGCAGGCAUAACAAAUGCUGUAAAGACAUCUGGCACACUGAAGGAAAAGCUGUUCAAUGCUGCCUAUAAUGCAAAGAGGCAAGCUUUAUUGAAUGGAAAAAAUCCGUCUCCUAUGUGGGACAGAUUGGUAUUCAAUAAGAUAAAAGAUAGGCUCGGAGGACGAGUGCGUUUCAUGGUAUCUGGAGCCUCUCCUUUGUCUCCUGAUGUCAUGGACUUUCUAAAAAUAUGCUUUGGUGGUCGAGUAGCUGAAGGAUAUGGAAUGACAGAAACUUCUUGUGUUAUAAGUUCUAUGGAUGAGGGUGACAGUCUAUCUGGACAUGUUGGUUCUCCUAAUCCAGCUUGUGAAAUUAAGCUUGUCGAUGUUCCAGAAAUGAACUACACAACUGCAGACGAGCCUUAUCCUCGAGGUGAAAUCUGUGUCAGGGGUCCGAUUGUUUUUCGUGGCUAUCACAAAGAUGAAGUGCAGACGAGAGAAGUUAUUGAUGAAGAUGGGUGGCUUCAUACUGGAGACAUUGGAUUGUGGUUUUCAGGAGGUCGUCUGAAAAUUAUUGAUAGGAAGAAGAAUAUUUUCAAGCUGGCACAGGGAGAGUAUAUUGCUCCAGAAAAAAUUGAGAACGUGUAUGCAAAGUGCAAAUUCGUUGCCCAAUGCUUUGUGUAUGGUGACAGCUUAAAUUCGUCUCUGGUAGCAGUUGUCUCCGUGGACCCAGAUGUAUUACAAGAAUGGGCUACUUCACAAGGCAUUAAGUUUGAAAAUUUACAGCAACUAUGCAAUGAUCCAAGAGCAAAGGCUGCUGUCUUGGCCGAUAUGGAUGCUAUUGGAAGAGAAGCUCAGCUAAGAGGUUUCGAGUUUGCAAAAGCCGUGACACUUGUACACGAACCAUUUACGUUGGAGAAUGGUUUGCUCACCCCAACAUUCAAGGUCAAGAGACCUCAAGCAAAGGAAUAUUUUGCGAAAGCCAUUUCGGACAUGUACGCAGAUCUUGCAACUUCUGAUCCAUCGCCUCAGAGCAAGUUGUGAAAUGUAAACUAUUAAUAAGAAGCAGUUACUUGUAGAUGCUUGUAAGCUGAAAAAGGAAAAGAAGAAAGAAAAUGUGUGUAGACAAAUGAGAAGAAGCUAAAGCAAAGCAGUUCAAAGAUUAGUUUCAUAGAAACGGGGAUAACCGAUAACGUCUCCCCAUCUUACUGUAUUGUUUUUAUAAUAUUUUUUGGUUUCCAAAAUAAAAUUAUGAUUUAACAAGUUAAUUCAAAUGUUUGUUCCUAAUAAAUAAUAAAAUAGCUUACUUAUUUA